ACAAAUUUGGUCUAAACUUUCGGAACAGCAAUCUAGAUAAAACUAGGACGGGGAAUUGGGGGGAGAGAAGAGUAUUAAAACCCAGUUGCAUUCUCCCGUAAGAAUACGAUUCCUCUCUUUACUUUUCUCCUCCUCUCUUUUGAUCCCCCAUACCCCAUCCCACGUUCUCAGUGUUCUUAUUGCCGAUCCUUUUACUUUCAUUCUUGAUGUUGGCUCUUCCUCUCUUUACGAAUGUUAGGGCUCUUCCUCUGUUUAGCCGUGUUAGAGCAAAUGCCCACGAGCAGUGGCCCCUUUUUCCAUGUCUCAUCCUCUGGAUCAUCUAACAAGGGCUGGUAUUACCGCUGUCUUGAGCUUGAUCCCUUGAAUUUCUUUCACUGACCUUAAAUUGAAUUGCCCCAAUUGUUUGCCCUCGCCUCGAUCCCUUGAAUUUCAACCUUAAAUUGAUUUGCCCCAAUUGUUUGCCCUAACCCCAAAUUAGUUCCUCUCUCUAGAUUAUGCGCCUUCUUCUCCUCUCUCGCACCUCCUUCUGUUUCCCUCUCUAAAAAUGGCGGUUUCUCAGCCCUCGAACUAGGUGAAUGUCUGGAAGAAACCCAUGGGAGUUAAACGUCUGAAGAAGCGGGGUCUAUUGAGGUCUCUUGAUGUAUUCCAUGCAUUCUUCAAAAAGAAUCAAGUUGCAGAUCUCAUGCUUAUUUCAAGAGAGCACAGGCCCCCCACGUUUUCUUGUGAGGGUCGAUGACACAGUUCGCACUGCUAUUCAGACUGCGCUUCGAUCCUACCCUCGUGAGGGUAGACUCCCCUUCCUCGGCAAUAAUUUUGACGACUUCUUCGUCUAUUGCGCCAAUUCUGACUUCAUAGCUCUGAGUCCAGUGGUGCCCAUCGGUAGGACUGGAGGGAGGAACUUUCUUCUCUACAAAAAGAAGCAGAAGCAGGAGGAAUACUACUUUGGUGAAUAGCAUAAACAACAUGGAAGAAGGGGAGGAAUGGUCAAAGGGCACGCCACUAACUGGAAGCUAUGGAUCAAUAAAUCUCUCUCCUUCAACCUUUCUCACUGAGGUUUCUGAAAUAAAUUAGUGUUAUUGCACUAUAAUGUUUCAUUAUUUGACUAGAGAACCUCUCUUAUGUUGGAGUGUUUCUUUAUCUAUUUAUUUAUUUUAUAGUUA